UAGCUCUAGUAAUUCACUCCUGUAACGGUACUUUGGAUUUGAAACGUACAAAUACUCGAUUACAGAUGAUGAGGUGACCUCCAAGCUGUCAGCAAUGGAGGACCUGUGGACCGUGGCCGUGGCUGUUUUCCAGCUGUGGAUAUUCGUAGUCGUGUUCUUCAUCACGCUGCCCGCCAUGUUCGGCCUCUCUCUGGGUGUCACCAGCGUCUACAUCCAGAUCCUGGUUAAACUCCUUGAGUGGGCCACGAUACGAAUCCAGAGAGGACGCGAGGAGCAGCCCAGCGUACCCGCACCGCUGCCCAAUGGGAUCAUCGAGCGAGCGGAGGGCUCGAUGGAGGAGGAGAUGGAGCAGUUGCGGCGUUCUCGGUCUCUGGAAGGCGGUGAGUUUGCUCUGAGUGACGCCUUGUAUUUCUGCAAGAAGGGCCUGGAGAGCAUCGUGGACGACCAGGUGACCCAGCGCUUCUCCUCUGAGGAGCUGGCCUCCUGGAACCUCCUGACCCGCACCAACCAGAACUUCCGCUACAUCAGCCUCCGCCUCACCAUCUUCUGGGGCAUCGGCGUGUUCGUGCGCUAUUGUGUCCUCUUCCCUCUCAGGAUUACUCUGGCCAUCAUCGGCCUCUCGUGGCUUGUGAUUGGAACGACUCUAGUUGGAUUUCUGCCUGAGAACAGUGUGAAGUACUGGCUGAGCGAAGUUGUCCACCUGACCUGCUACAGGAUCUGUGCCCGGGCGCUGUCGGCCACCAUCCGCUACCACAACAAAGAGAACCGACCUCAGAAAGGAGGGAUCUGCGUGGCUAAUCACACCACGCCCAUCGAUGUGGUGAUCCUGGCCAAUGACGGCUGCUAUGCCAUGGUGGGGCAGAUUCAUGGAGGUCUGAUGGGGGUCAUCCAGAGGUCGAUGGUGAGGUCGUGCCCUCAUGUUUGGUUUGAGAGGUCGGAGAUGAAAGACCGCCACGCGGUGACCAGCAGGCUCAGAGCUCACGUAGCAGCAAAGACCAAACUUCCCAUCCUUAUAUUUCCUGAAGGAACUUGUAUCAACAACACGUCGGUCAUGAUGUUUAAGAAGGGCAGCUUUGAGAUCGGAGGAACGAUCCAUCCCGUCGCCAUCAAGUACGACCCUCGCUUGGGUGAUGCUUUCUGGAACAGCAGCAAGUACAACAUGGUCAGCUAUCUGCUGCGCACCAUGACCAGUUGGGCCAUCGUCGUCAAUGUGUGGUACCUCCCACCCAUGACCAUACAGGAUGGAGAGGAUGCAGUCCAGUUUGCCAACAGAGUGAAAUCUGCCGUUGCUUGUCGGGGAGGACUGCUUGACCUGGCAUGGGACGGAAGCCUAAAGCGAGGGAAGGUGAAGGACGCGUAUAAGGAAGAGCAGCAGAAGAUGUACAGCAGGGUCAUCGUCAGGCAGAACAGCAUCAGUGCCACACACACCCGCAGAGACGAUCAAUCAUAAACAAUCAGUCACAGCAAAACUCGGUCGUCUGAUUUUAGACUUUACAGGACAGACCUGAAUGCCACAUCAGACUGUGGGUGCAGGACAGCAUCUCCACCAGCAGGAGGCAGCAUGACACAACACAAUCACCCAUCCAGCUGCUCAUCUCCUCCUCUUCAUCAUCAUCAUCAGCUGCCAGGACUGAACUCUUCAUCACACAGAUGAGGAUGAUUUAUCAUCAUCGCUGUGUCUGAUUUUAACUUUUGUACAAACAUCUGAACCAAACUGACA